GGUGUCUCGCCCUUCAGUCGGAGCGGAGCGGCGCCGGCGGCACUUCCGGAUAUGAAUGGGGAGAGGAGCCUGUGCACGCUGGUGGACCUCCAGCCUGAGGGGGACGGCCCAGACAGUGUGAAAAUACUACGCUUGACCCUCCAGAAUGACCUUCCUGGGGAGAGGCGGGAGCAAGCAAAGCCAAAGCCCGUAGGACGCGCUUUCGCCAUGGUGGCCAACCGGCCCACGAGCAGCCGCACGCUGGCCUCCGAAUGCAUCAAGUCCAGCAACGGGGACGAAGAGAUCAUCAAGGUGUACCUCAAAGCCCGGGCCGAGGACAAGGCCAAGCACGACAAGGGCCUCCUCCACCGGUUGAAGAGCGACAGCAGCCUCCCCCAAGAGCCACAGCCAGAGAAACCGAAUGGGGUCCGCCUUCACCGAAACGCCUCGCAUCGCAGCCUCUCUGCCAGCCAGCCUACCGUCUGCCGGCAGGACGACCCCGCGUAUCCCAGCGAGGACAUCUCCAUCAUGCGCGAGACCACACGGAGGCUCUUCUCGAAGCUGCAGGAGGCCGAGAAGCGGCACCAGUCGGACCGGGCGGCCUACGAGACGUCCAUCUCCCAUUACCGCAGGGAAGCGGAGCAGUCUGGCUCGGCUCUCCGGAAGGCGGAAAUGGCGCUGGAAGGCAAAGACGUGAAGCUGGACGAACUGCAGAGGCUUCUCACGGGGAUGGAGAAGGAGCACCAGGUCCUGCUGCAGAAGAUGCAAGACGGCGAGUCGGAGCUGGAGCGGCUGCGGAGCCUCGAGGGAGACAGGCUGGCGGAACAGGAAAGGUCGGCCAAACUGGAGAAGGAAGUGGCCACUUUGCGGGAGAAGAUCCACCACCUGGAUGACAUGCUCAAGAGCCAGCAGCGCAAAGUCCGGCAGAUGAUCGAACAGCUUCAGAACUCCAAGACGGUGAUUCAGUCCAAAGACUCGAUCAUUCAGGAGCUCAAAGAGCGGGUGGCUUAUUUGGAGGCCGAGAACCUGGAGAUGCACGACCGCAUGGAGCACCUCAUCGAGAAGCAAACCAACCCCGGGACCCUUAGCACCAAGUCCCGGUCGAAAUCAGAGUAUGCCAGCAGCAAGAGGUUUGCCAAGCCCGUGAGCCCCAAGCCGUUGCCGCUCAUCCGCCUGGUGGAAACCUGAACCUCGGAAAGGAAGAGGAACCCACUCCGAGCUUCUCGGGAGCCCGUGCCGCCAGCCGCUUUGCCCUGCCGCUUCUCGAACCCGCAGCCGCCGGGGGAAACGUCGGCGCCCCUCCGAAUGUGGCCGAGGCCCCUUUUCCCCAGGAUCUAGGAACGUACAAGGGACAGUCGAAAUCCACUAUUCAUUAUGGAUUUUUUUUUUUGCCGUGUCAGGAGCGACCUGAGAAACUGCAAGUCGCUUCUGGUGUGAGAGAAUUGGCCGUCUUCAUUAUGGAUGCAUUGUGAAAAGCCUCCCUUUUGCGCCCUUCCAAAGAAGGUCAGACGUAAACAGACCUAGGUUUCCUUGCUUCGAACCCAAUCAAGAGGGGAGAAUAUUAUUUUUCAAUAGGGCCACAUUUAAUAAAAUCUGAUGUGCCUAUUGUGUAACUUAGCAUAGUGUGUGCGUGUGUGUAUAUAUAAAUAAAUGCUCAAUUGUGUUUAAAGUA